CGAUGUCUAACUUACCCUGGUAAUUUAGUGUACGAUAAAGAAAUAGAAGAAGAAAGUUAUUAUAAAUACUCCAUUAUCAAAUUUUUUACAACUGAUACGAAAUGGAGCAAAGGGUUGUAAAAAAAGAAAUAUUUAUUAACGAUUAUUAUAUGUGGAAUAAAGAUAUUAAACAAGAAUUACUCGAGGAAGAUACUGCCAAAGCUAUUUACGUAAAUGAGAAAUGGAACAGUAUCAAUGAAAUUAAACAAGAAAUAAUUGGCGAUUCAAUUACAUCCAAAACAUUUGAGGAUCGUAUGGUUGCAAUUAAAAGAGAAAAAAAAAUUAUUAAUAAACACCAAAGUAGAAAGAAAUUCAAGUAUUUAAAAGUGAUUUGUGAUAGAAGAAUUAAGUUAAAAGGGCUGCUAAGAAAUGGGACAUAUAUAAAACCAAAUGUUUUGGGGUUAAUGAUAUGCUUAUAUUGUGGAAAUUUAUACACAAAAAGAGACGAAUUUCUUUGUCACUAUGUAACAAAUCAUUGUAUUCAGAGAAAAAAAAUAAAUAUGAAUAAAUUUCACUUCAAAACUAGUUACAAUAAGAAGGUGAAAGAUGAAGUUUUAGAAAAUGAAUUUAAACCAGAGUUGCAGGAGUUCAGCUUUACCAAUAAUUUCAAUCCAUACGUUGAUGAAGAUGUAAAAUCGUUUUCAAAAGAGAGCAAUUUAAUUAGAAAAUUGAAAGGUGAAAAGUCAUUUAAAUGCGACAUUUGUUCAAAAACGUUUCCACGUAAAAGUAGUUUAAACAGACAUUUGUUAAAUCACACUGGAGAAAAGCCAUACAAAUGUGAAAUUUGUUUAAAAACGUUUUCACAAAAAAGUUAUAUAAAUCUACAUAUGUUUAGUCACACAGGGGAAAAACCAUUUAAAUGUGACAUUUGUUUAAGAACGUUUUCCCAGAAAAGUAACUUGAAUUCACAUAUGCUUAGCCACACAGGAGAAAAACCAUUCAAGUGUGACAUUUGCUUGAGAACAUUUUCACAGAAAAGUAAUUUGAAUUCGCAUAUUCAUAGUCACACAGGAGAAAAGCCAUUUAAAUGUGAUAUUUGUUCGCAAACGUUUUCACAAAAAAGUAACUUGAAUUCGCAUAUGUUAAGCCACACUGGAAAAAAACCAUUUAAAUGUGACAUUUGUUUACAGAGUUUUUCAAGGAAAAGUAAUUUGAAUAAGCAUUUGCUUCUUCACACAGGAGAAAAGCCUUUCAAAUGUGACAUAUGUGUGAAAACAUUUUCACAAAAAAUUCAUUUGAAUUUACAUAUGCUCAGUCACUCAGAGGACAAACCAUUCAAAUGUGACAUUUGUUUACAGAGUUUUCCAAGGAAAAGUAAUUUGAAUAUGCAUUUGCUUCUUCACACAGGAGAAAAGCCCUUCAAAUGUGACAUAUGUGUGAAAACAUUUUCACAAAAAAGACAUUUGAAUUUACAUAUGCUCAGUCACUCAGAGGACAAACCAUUCAAAUGUGAUAUUUGUACGAAAUCUUUUCCGCAUAAAAGUAGUUUGAAGAGACAUUCGCGCAUUCACACAGCAGAUAAACCUUUCAAGUGUGACGUUUGCGUUAAAACAUUUUUACAUAAUAAUAGUUUAAAUUCACACAUGCUUAGUCACAUAGGGGAAAAGCCAUUCAAGUGUGACAUUUGUUCAAAAACUUUUUCACGGAAAAAGAAUUUGAAUAAACAUGUGCAAAGUCACCUAGUAGAUGGCUCUUGAGUUGAGAUUGUUAUGCUUUACAAUUUAAUUUAUAUUAUCUGCCAAUAAUAUUAUAAAAUUACGGAAUUGUUUAGAAAA